CUUUUGGCUCAAGUAAGGCGGGGCGAGCCUGAGACCUCUGGGAACUCAGACAGUUUGUUUCUCCGUUUUGUGACCGAAUGCACAUACCGUUUCGACGGAGAUACGUGCGAAGUGUCACAAAGAUGUUCCGUCCAUUACAGGGAACCCAUGGGAACCCGGUGUUUGAAAGUAUGAGGGUUUCGUUCCUAAAACGGAGUUUGGUGUCUCAUGUGGCGGCUUGCUGUGCAACGAACAUGGAGGCCAAUCAAGCUGAGCAAAGCCUCCCCCUAGAGGCUUCACAGGAACUGUGCUCGGCUGUGCCUCAAGAUCGAGAGAAAGUCCGCAGUGCCAAAGCUUGGGCGAAUUAUCAGGCCUUUUUGGAAUCACCUGGCGGCAAGUGCCCGCACUGUUGGCUGAUGAGGCGGCAUUGCUGUUGCGAAGGUUUGCCGAAGUUGAUUCUUCGUUUGCGAGUUGUCGUCCUCCUGCAUCACCUGGAGAUCGGGCAACGGAAAGCUUCAAACACUGCGAAGCUUUUGGCACACUUCGGGGCAGAGCUGCUGUGCUGGGGAGUGGAAGAACACGAUGCCAGGCUUCUGCAGAUCAUCGAUGAGGACAUGGAGGGGACCGUGGUUCUUUUUCCAAGUGAAAAUGCAGUCCAAGCUUCUGAGCUGGCGCCCGAAAGGGCAGCGCCCGUGCGGCCGGUGCGGCAGGUGCUGGUUUUGGAUGGAGGGUGGCGCGAGUGCGUUCGAAUGAAUGCCUGGAUCAGCCGAGGUCAUUCCCGAUUUCAAAGAGCCAAAGAUGUGAAGACGUCACAUGCCAAGCGAUUUGUCACUCCACACUCCGCCAUGUCGACCGAGACAUCGUGCAAGGCCGUGCUCGAGAGAGAGAGAGAGAGAUCGUGCAUGUGUCCAUCCAGGAUUGAAGGACCUUCGACCAGGAUCGACUUGGAGGGCAGUCAACGUAGAGCGUAAGAGAGUUGCAAUUGCUGCCCAAUGGGGAGCGCAUGAAGUUGAUGAUUCACGUUGAUUGUAAUUGACAGGAGACAAUGGCUCAAGUUUGCAUAUUA